GCGCCUCCUCGCAUAUACAGAAAGAGUUGAGAGGCGGGGGCAGAGGUAGCUGCUGCUGCUGCGGAAGCGUUUUGGGGCCAACAGCUUUCGCAGCAGCAAACCGACGUUUGAACCGUAUAACAUGGCACACUCUUUCGCACAAGCCAAACGAGUCCUUUCCUUCGCUCUUCAUCGGCGAGGGUACGCAGCGGUGUCUGAUGUUUCGGUGAGGGGUGGAUUGGAUAGGAUUGGGAGUAGCGGUGGAUCGAUGGUGGUGGGAAAGGUCGAAGAAAAGGUUGUCAACAAAAGUGGUUCGGAGGCUGCUUCGGCUUGGGCCCCAGACCCAGUCACCGGUUACUACAGGCCCAUCAAUCAGGCCCAUGAGAUUGACCCGGUGGAGCUCCGAAGAAUGCUCUUGAAUCACAAUGUCAAAUCAUCAUCCCCUUAGAUCCACCGUAUCUUCAUUUUUCUCCUUAUCAUGUAUGAGCAGUGAACAAAGGAAUAUAAUGGAUUUGGUUUUUGUUUUAAGGUUAUGUCUUUUCCCUUUUACAACUAUAAAGCUAAUGAGUUGUGGAUUUUAGAGCAUGGUGAUGCUCAAUUUAUUUAUCAUAUAUGCAUUU